UACCUCAUUUUGGGUGAAGCUGUGUUUUACGAUACUUUUUAAUGUACUUGAAAGCAGCACAGGUCCACCCGGUGGAGCUGUGUUAUUGAGAGGUCAUACAUUUUCGCAAAACAACGACUGUAAACCAGAGAGACAAGAUGUCUGAAGAUCUAUCCCUCAACAUAAACAUCAAGGAGCCAAGAUGGGACCAGGGCACGUUCAUGGGGCGCGCCAAGCACUUCUUCAUGGUGACAGAUCCCAGGAACGUCCUGCUGUCCUCGGACACUCUGGAGGACGCCAGAGUGACCAUGGAGAACUACAGAUCCGGGGUGGUGAAGCCUGGCCUGACAGAGGAUGAGCUCUGGAGAGCCAAGUACAUCUACGACUCCGCCUUCCACCCCGACACCGGGGAGAAGAUGUUUGUGAUUGGCCGGAUGUCCGCUCAGGUGCCAGUGAACAUGUCCAUCACCGGCUCCAUGCUCACCUUCUACAGGACUACUCCGGCAGUGGUGUUCUGGCAGUGGGUCAACCAGUCCUUCAACGCCGUCGUCAACUACACCAACCGCAGCGGAGACGCACCAAUGAGCGUGAAUCAGCUUGGUGUGGCCUACAUCAGCGCUACUACUGGAGCUGUAGUCACUGCCUUGGGAUUCAAAACCCUAGCUUCGCGUCUCCCUCCAAUCGCCAGCCGGUUUGUCCCCUUCGCUGCGGUUGCUGCUGCUAACUGCAUCAACAUCCCCUUCAUGAGGCAGAGGGAGUUGAAGUUCGGUAUCCCUGUGAUGGAUGAGAAUGGGAACAGGUUAGGAGAGUCCCCCAAUGCCGCCAAGCAGGCCAUCAUGCAGGUGGUGGUGUCAAGGAUCGGCAUGGCAGUGCCAGCAAUGGCCAUUCCCCCUGUGAUUAUGAAUUCCCUGGAGAAGAAAGCUUUCAUGAAGCGGUUCCCACUUCUAAACGCUCCUAUCCAGGUUGGCCUCGUCGGUCUAUGCCUGGUGUUUGCAACUCCUCUGUGCUGCGCCCUCUUCCCACAGAAAAGCUCUAUGAGUGUGAGCGGGCUGGAAGCAGAUCUGCAGGAGAGGAUACGAGAGACCAGUCCCAAGACCACCACCGUUUUCUUCAACAAGGGCCUGUAGGAUCUCACAACAUAUCUCCACACACUGCAGAGACACACACACACACACACACACACACACACACACACACACACACACACACACACACACACAC